GAAAGGCGCUGAAGUGCAGCAAUUGGAAAAGGAGAAAAAAUGGCGGCAACCAGUGACGAAGAAAUGGAUUCUCUGCUUUCCACUUUGGAUCAAAUCUACCAGAAUUCUCAGGAUUUCAAGAGCGGCGUGGCGGAGAUCCAGUCGGUGAAGUCCACGUGUAAUGCCGAGGCCAAGAAGCGAGAAGCUCUGGAAUUCACCUGCAACAAUCUCAAGCAAGAAAAUGAGCGAUUGACCAGAUUGUACACCGAGUGUUUGAACAAUGUUGCCGAUCAGCUUGAACGCCGUAGCUCAAGCCGGGGCUUGAAAGAAGAGGUGAAGAGGAUGAGGGAGGAGUGCCUCAGUAAAGAAGAAGAGCAUAGGAAGGCCAUGGAAUUGGCUAAGAAAAACUGUGCUGCCAAGGUUGAUGACUUGGAGGCUCAAAUUAGAGGGUUUAUGCUUGAGAAGGCGACAAAUGAAGCAACCAUUGAUCACCUUCAACGGGAUUUGGCAGCUCAUAAAUCCCAUCUGCAUGUUCUAGCGAGCAGGUUGGAUCAUGUGCAGUUAGAUGUGGAAUCAAAAUAUAUUCUGGAGAUUCAGGAUUUAAAGGACUGUCUUGCAAUUGAACAGGAGGAGAAAAAUGAGUUGAGUAAAAAGCUCCAGGACUUACAAAAGGAAUGUGAGUGUGAGUGCUGGUUAGCAGAUCAAAGCUUGUUGAGCAGCAACGAGAUUCAAAUUCGAUUUGGCAGGUUGAAACACUUAAGACCAAGAUUAUGAAGCUGAGGAAGGAGAAUGAGAUCUUAAAGCGCAAGUUUCCUCAUUCAGAUGAGGGCUAGAUGUAGAUGGGUGGAAACAAGUUCAUUGUACUGUACUAUAUGUCAAAUGCUAGAUUUGAUGGUUUUGUGGUGUUUUGAGGGGCUCUCUUUGGCCUGCCUCUCUGUUGCACGACUUGGACAAUGAAGUUACGAAAAUUUGAAGUCUUGACUGGUAUA